CUUUGCUCUACUUUCUUAGUUCCAGCAAUAUAAAUAAUUUUCUCGGCAACCAAACAGAAAACCCAUGCUAAUUGCUAAAGACCGAUUGAGAUCAGUGUGCCCCCUAUCAUUUGCCCCCUCCCAAAACCCCCCACCUAAACCUCUUCCAAUUAAUUUCUCAAUCUAUUCAAGCUAAUAAAACCCAUGAUACUGCAAAAAUUCCAAAAUUAAAUGGCACAAUCAUGAAUAAGCUCCGCCCAUUACUCUACCAAGCCCCUCUCUCAAAACCGCCUAGGAAAAACCAUCUCCACACUUGCUCCGCUACCGAAGAGAUUGCCACCUCCAAUGAAGUGCUAACCAUCCUUGAAAAUGUCAACCCAAUUGAACCCGCUUUAGAACCCAUUGUUCCAUUUCUCUAUCCCACCAUUGUCACUUCAAUAAUCGAAAACCCACCAAAUUCCAAAUUGGGAUUUCGAUUCUUCAUCUGGGCAUCUAAAUUUAAACGUUUUAGAACAUGGGUAUCUCAUAAUUUGAUUAUUGAUAUGUUCCUCAAGGAGAAAAAUGGGUUUGAAUUGUACUGGGAAGUGCUCAGAGAAGUUAAAAAUGGCGGGUUUUCGAUAUCUGCUGAUGCGUUUACUGUUUUGAUCCACGGUUAUGUGAAGAUGGGCAUGGCUGAGAAGGCUGUCGAAGCUUUCGAAUUGAUAAGAGAUUUUAACUGUGAGCCUGAUGUUUUUACUUAUAAUAUGAUUUUACAUGUUAUGGUGCGUAAAGAUGUGUUUUUGUUAGCAUUGUGUGUUUAUAAUCAAAUGUUGAAGUUUCAUUGUUUGCCUAAUCGAGCUACGUUUAGUAUUUUGAUUGAUGGGAUGUAUAAGAGUGGGAAAACUCAGAAUGCACUUCAAAUGUUUGAUGAAAUGACUGGAAGGGGAAUUAUGCCCAAUACGAUUACAUAUACUAUUGUUAUUUCGGGUUUGUGUCAAGCUCAGAAGACGGAUGAUGCUUAUAGACUGUUGAAAACAAUGAAAGAUAAAGGAUGUGUUCCUGAUUUUGUUACUUAUAAUACUUUGCUUGACGGGUUUUGUAAGUUGGGUAGAGUUGAUGAGGCUUUGACUCUGCUAAAAGAUUUUGAAAAGGAUGGUUAUGUGCUUGAUAUGAGGGGAUAUAGUUGCUUGAUUGAUGGGUUAUUUAAAGCUAAGAAAUCUGAAGAUGCCCAGGUGUGGUACAGGAAAAUGAGUGUGCAUAAUGUCAAGCCUGACGUUGUGUUGUACACUAUAAUGAUAAAGGGGUUGUUAAGAGUAGGCAAGGUUAAAGAUGCUUUAAGGAUGUUGAAUGAGAUGACCGAGACGGGUGUAGUUCCUGAUACUCUUUGUUAUAAUGCUUUGAUCAAAGUUUAUUGUGAUAUUGGUCUCUUGGAUGAGGCGAAAUCACUUCAUCUUGAGAUUUCGAAGAAUAAUUGCUUUCCUGAUUCCUGCACUUACACCAUUCUCUUAUGUGGUAUGUGCAGGAGUGGGCUAGUGGGUGAGGCACAGCAAAUUUUUAUUGAGAUGGAGAAACUUGGUUGUCAUCCUUCUGUAGUUACUUUCAAUGCUCUUAUUGAUGGGCUUUGUAAGGCUGGAAACCUCGAGAAAGCUAAACAUUUAUUUUUCAAGAUGGAGAUAGGAAAUCCUUCAUUGUUUCUUCGACUUUCGCAGGGCACUGCAAGUCUACAAACUAUGGUUGACAAAGGAUUGAUUCUCAAGGCAUACAGUACUCUCACGCAGCUUGCUGAUAGUGGGUUUGCACCUAAUAUUAUGACCUAUAAUAUUCUAAUCAAUGGUCUUUGCAAGGAAGGCAACAUUAGUGGUGCUUUUAAGCUUUUUGAGGAGCUUCAGCUGAAGGGGAUCUUACCAGAUUCUGUAACAUAUGGAACUCUCGUAAAUGGCCUUUUAAUUGCUAAUAGAGAAGAGGAAGCCUUUAAAUUGUUUGAUCGUAUGCUUAAGAGUGAGUGUACUCCAAUUACAGAAGUUUAUAAAACACUUAUGACUUGGUCAUGCAGGAGAAAGAAGAUUACGCAAGCUUUUAGUCUUUGGUUGAAGUAUCUGCGGAAGAUUCCUGGCCGAGAUAAUGAAGUAGUUAAAAAACUAGAGGAAACCUUUGAGAAGGGAGAAGUGGAAAAGGCAGUUCGAGGCUUACUUGACAUGGACCUUAAGUUAAAUGAUUUGCAGUUAGCACCUUAUACCAUUUGGCUGAUUGGGCUGUGUCAAGCAGGAAGACUAGAAGAAGCUGUAAAGAUAUUUUUCGUUCUUCAGGAGCAUAAUGUUAUCGUCACUGCUCCAAGUUGUGUGAAAUUAAUAAAUGGAUUAUGCAAAAGUGGGAAUCUAGACCUUGCAGCAGAAAUUUUCCUUUACACAAUUGACAAGGGAUAUGUGUUGAAACCACGAAUUUGCAAUCAACUAUUAAAAUGUGUUCUUCGUUCUGAAGUAAAAAGGAAUUGUGCCUUUGAGCUUUUAAGCAGAAUGAAGUCAUUGGGAUAUGAUUUGGAUGCUCACCUUCAUCGGACUACAAAGUACCUUUUGAAUGGUGAUGCAGGACAUAAAUCAAUAAAAAGCGAGCUUAAUUAUCAACUUGCUCUCUAAAUUAUGCUCCAAUAUGGGUUUGAAUUGGCUCAGGACCCUUUCCAGUCUUGUAGAUUGAGCUGCGAGCAUGGUUAAGGAAUGCCUGGUUUUUAUCACACAGUUCCCAAUUUCCAUUAAAAAUGGUAUUGCAUAUGAAAACUGAGUAGAGCUAUGGUAAAUCUUGGUAACUACUGGGGCACUACAGUUAAGGACUGGAGAUCUGCAGCUUUGCACUGGAAGGCAAAGUAAUAAGAAUCUUACAGCACCUGAAAGAGUCAAGCUGGUGCAGCGCAAUUGUGAACCCCAUCUUAUGAGAACCUAGAAUCUGUUUUAUGGAAGUUUAAGGUUUUGCACUGGUUGAUGCAGCUGGCUCAGAGCUUAUGCGUCAUCAUGGAUCGAUCGCUUUCUGCGGUAGAUUCACUUGCGAUGUCCUUGGUUUUCUCUCAACAGCUUGGACUGUAGGAUGCUGCUGUAAACUGAGGUAAAUCUUCCAACGAAAUGAAGGCUUGCUGAUUGAGGUCAAGAAUAUACAAAUAUUUACAUAACUAAACUGUCUAUACUAUUAUUUUUCAAAAGAAAAAAAAAUGUCUAUACUAUUUAUAUAAGUAAUUAUUAUCAUCCAAGACGAUGUUGUUUUGAAGUUUGAUUUCUCAGCCAGUUUGAUUAACCAACGAUAGAAACCAAAUCAAAAUCGAAAAUCAAACUUCCUACUCAUCACAGCCAAACUAAUUCUUUAAACCGAACCAGAGUAAAUAUUAGUUUGAUUUGAUUUUUGCUCAGCUCAUGUCAGGGCUCAUUUCCUUGUAGUUUCAGCAAGAAAUUUAAUAUGAUGAGUGAAGAAAUCAAGAACUGCAAAGUUGGUAUUUUCAGAACAA